AUGGUGCAAAGCUCAAAGUUACAUGGUCUGCCUAUGGAAGACCCUCUUGAUCACUUGGAUCAGUUUGAUAUGCUGUGUGGGACGGUGAAAAUCAACGGUAUCUCGGAAGAUGCAUUCAAACUCCGCCUCUUUCCGUUUUCUCUUGGAGAUAGAGCUAGAACAUGGGAGAAGAACCUACCAGUGGGAUCCAUUACUUCGUGGGAUCAAUGCAAGAGAGCCUUCCUCUCCAAGUUCUUCUCAACUACAAGAACAGCAAGGGGAGUCCUACCAAAGAUAAGGAUGUUGCUUGACACAGCAAGUAAUGGAAACUUCCUUGGCCAAGAUGUUGAUGUUGGUAUGACUUUGGUGGAGAAUCUUGCACAAAGUGAUGGUAACUAUGGAGAGGAUUAUGAUAGAACACCAAGAGAUCAUUCUGAUAUGAAUGAGCAACACAGAAAGGAGAUCAAAGCAUUGAAUGGCAAGAUGGACAAGAUGCUUAUGGCCAAUCAAAAGCAAGUUCACUUUGUCAAUGAAUGUGAACUUUAUCAAGAAGGUAUGGAGGCUUGUGUUGAGGGACAAGAGGAGGUCAAUUAUAUUGGUGGCCAAGGCUAUAACAAGUUAAAUCCUAAUUACCACAACCACCCUAACCUCUCUUACCGCAGCACCAAUGUGGAGAACCCACAAGAUCAGUCUUAUCCACCCCAAAAACCACCUGGUUUCCCUCCCCAACCCAACUAUCAGCCUCAACCUCAAGGGAAUUACCAAGCCAAACCUCAAAGCUAUUCCCAGCCACAGCAGCAAAUGAAUGCACCACAUCCUCAUAGUCAAGUAGAUGACACAAAUGCUCUACUUAGACAACUCCUAGAAGGACAAGGAAGAGGAGCCAUUGAACUUGCUACACAAAUGAAAGCCAUACACAACAAGGUUGACAAUGUCUAUGGUGAGUUAAAUGCUAAGUUUGAAAGGUUGCAAACACAAGUCCAGGGACAAGCUUCUUCCUCUUCAACAAAACAAAUGGGUUCUCUACCGGGAAAAUCAGAACAACACCCAAAGGCGUUUUGCAAUGCCAUCUUCAAGGAAGAAGUGAACAGGGUUACUAGUAUGAGUUUCGAAAAAUCAAAAAUGGAUAGCCAUGCUGAUGAGAAUGAAAGGUCUAUUGAAAAGAUCUCUGCUCUCCUAUAUGGUUCUGCUGCUGAGAGUUUGGUGGUUGCUAAAGUUGAGAAAACUGAGAAAGAAUCAAGGGGUAAGGAGAUAGUUGCCAAUGAGGUUGAAAAGAAAGAUGAACCAAGUGUUGCUCUUCCUCUUUAUAGUCCUCCAAUUCCAUUUCCCCAAAGGGUUCUUACAAAGGUCAAAAAGAAAGUUCUCUCAAGUUUCAAAGCUAAUAUGAAUAGAGUUGGAACACCUUUGCCUCAUGUGGAUAGCUUGUCUCAAGUUCCUAGCCAUAUAGGGUUCAUCAAAGCUAUUCUAGCAAACAGAGAGAAGGUGGAAGAGAUCAUGGGAAUUUUUGAUUCACCAAGUGAAGAACAACCAAGAGCAAGUGUUAAUGUGAUGUCACUUGAGAUGGUAAAGAGUCUUGGGAUCAAAGAUAUGAAGCAACCCUCUUCUUCCAUCACAUUGGAGAUGCCUCCUCAAAAUCUCCACUUGGUUUGA